AUGUCGGCCAAGUUGAGCAGUCCCCAGAAUGAUCCUGCUGCUGGAAGCUUGUCGCCUCUCACCACUCAGCUCCCUGGCAGUAACAAUGAUGCCAGUGCACUGGCAAUCAGCCCCAGUCCGGAGCCGGCAGCCACGAAGAAGCGGGUAGUGAGCAACUACAAAGGAUUUGUGGCAGGAGUGUUUUCGGGCAUUGCCAAACUAUCAGUCGGCCAUCCGUUCGACACGAUCAAAGUUCGACUACAGACGGCGGACAAGAGCAGAUUCAAAGGACCGCUGGACUGUGUGCUGCAGACAUUGAGGAAAGAAGGCGCAGGUGGACUCUACAAGGGCGCGACGCCGCCGCUGUUGGGAUGGAUGGUCAUGGACUCGGUCAUGCUGGGGAGCUUGACGCUCUAUCGACGACUGUUACAUGACCAUGUUUUCUCUCGACCCGGGUCUGGCGAGAAACUACCACUACCUGCUUUCGGGCACGGGAUUGCUGGGAUUCUGGCCGGCUCGACUGUCUCGUUUGUCGCUGCCCCCGUGGAACACGUCAAGGCGCGUCUACAGAUCCAAUAUGCGGCCCACAAGAAGGACAGGCUAUAUAAAGGACCUUUGGACUGUACGGCCAAGAUCCUGCGAACACACGGCAUUCGAGGUCUCUACCAUGGCCUGUUUGCAACUUUGGUUUUUCGAUCUUUUUUCUUCUUCUGGUGGGGAAGUUACGACAUUAUUACCCGCUUGUUUCAGAAACAUACGUCUCUGUCUGCUCCGGUGAUCAAUUUUUGGGCUGGGGGGUUGUCGGCUCAGAUCUUUUGGUUGACUUCUUACCCUUCGGAUGUGGUCAAGCAGAGAAUCAUGACUGAUCCGCUUGGCGGUGCUUUGAAUGAUGGCACGCCUCGCUUUAGGCACUGGAAAGACGCCGCGGUCGCUGUGUAUAGGCAGGCGGGGUGGAGGGGCUAUUGGAGGGGGUUUCUUCCUUGUUUUCUACGCGCGUUUCCGGCAAAUGCAAUGGCGUUGGUGGCUUUUGAGGGCGUCAUGAGAGCAUUGCCUGAUUGA